AUGGAUUUCACCACCACCGGCAUGCUCAACGAAGAUGGCAUCCACGUCGACAUGGAGAGAUUAAAGAAGGGAGAGGUCAACCUCGGAACCUCAAUUAUGGCAGUCACCUUCAAGGAUGGUGUUAUUCUCGGCGCUGAUUCCCGAACAACGACGGGCGCGUACAUCGCCAACCGAGUCACCGACAAGCUCACACAAGUCCACGACACCAUCUGGUGCUGCAGAUCAGGCUCCGCCGCCGACACCCAGGCCGUCGCCGACAUUGUCCAGUACCAGCUCGGUCUCUACGCCAUGCGCAACGGCAAGCCCCCCAUGACGCAAACGGCCGGCGCCAUCUUCCAGGAGAUCUGCUACGCCAACAAGGACCGUCUGACUGCCGGUCUCAUCAUCGCUGGCUGGGACGAGCGUCACGGCGGACAGGUCUACUCCAUUCCCCUUGGAGGUUCCCUACACAAGCAAUCGUACGCCAUCGGCGGUUCCGGUUCGACGUACAUCUACGGAUACUGCGACGCCAACUGGAGGGAAGGCAUGGAGGAGAAGGACGCCGUCGACUUCGUCAAGGGCGCGCUACAGGAAGCUAUCAAGUGGGACGGCAGCUCCGGCGGUGUCAUUCGCAUGGUCGUCCUUACGGCCAAGGGUGCGCAGAGACAUCUGUACCUGCCUGACGAGGACUACAAGGUGAAGCACUGA